ACAAACUGACAGAGCUAUCGAUAUAUUUAAAUUGCAAGGAAAGAAGAAAAGGUGUUUAAUUUUUUGGCGAAAUAAGGAAUUUUUAACGCUAGAUAGUGAAAUUCCGGUUUGGGAAGCAUGAUAAUCGAGAAGCAGCAUCCGCUGGACAAUUGCCAGCUGUUUGUCCAGAUGAGGAGGACCUUCCAGGACGUCGGCGGAAGCAACAAGAGUCUCGGAAGCAUUCUUUAUUGGAGCGGAAACGAAGAGCAUAUUGCUCUGGUUUGCGACCGGGUGGCGGGUAUAUUGCUGGAGCACGAGCUGAUCGUCCAGGAGCCGCAUGCCCAGCGGCCGGAGGAUCUGGUGGCCCGACCAGUUGGCCCGAAGGCCAUGAAUCACCUGCGCGGCCUACUCGUCUACCUGGUAGUCAAUACGGCCAACCAGCAGCAAGGGGAACACUCCCAGUGGAGCGAGCACUGCUUCCAUUUGUGCGGCCUAUUGCCGGCUUUUCCGCAAUUUCUGACAAUUGCCAUAGCCCUGAAGUCUGGCCUUCAGCAGCCGCUGGAGGAGUUCCUCGCCUGCGGACCGCGCUGGCUGACCUCCCAGUACUUCGAUGCCUUCGACCAGACUCUGUCCCACGUGCACAAGGAUCCUUUAGAUGCCCUGCCAUUGAUCUUCGGCGUUAUAACGGCAGCUGCUCGUGCCAUGGUUUAUCAUAAUCUACCCGAAGCCAAUAAGAAAUUGAUGUUGCAGAUGUCCGGGAUUUUGCACCAUCAUCUCUUGACCUCCGAAGAGCGUCUAAAGAGGGAGGUGCCUGCGACAAUGCGCGGGAUUUACCUGGCCCGUGCCACGAAACAGCUGCUGGAGCUUCUUGUGGAUAUCCUCGGCGAUUCGAAGGGGCGCCAACUGCCCAAGUACUUUACAAUCUACAGCCAAAUGAGCGUCGACAUCAGUGGCAGCUACGCAGCUGAUACCAAGAAAGAUAUGCGACUCUUUGCCCAAGCUUUGUUGGACGGAUUGCAACGCGUUUUGCAGCCAGUUAGCGUGUAUAUGUAUAUGUUCUGGCUGGAAAUACCAUCGCCGCGUUUGCUAUACAGCUACCAGGAGCUAGUCUGCUGCCUGGCGGCCGAGAUGCUGCCAUUGGCCCAACAGCAUAAGGAUCUCUCUCAGCAUGACGUCUGCAAGCAGCUGAAGACUUUCGCGGAUGCAGCAAAAAGCUUUGAACAACGCCUUACGGAGCUUACAAUUGGUGAACUGUUGUCCUUUCUUGACGGUGAUCUUGGCAAGGCCACCAAAGAGCAGCUCCUCGCUGGACUGGCCAAUCUCUUUGGCCGCUCCAUAGCCUAUGGCAAUGAUGAGUGCGUGGAAACCAUGGAGAAACAUUUAAGGUUGCUCACCCCGCUGCAUGCUCAGAUGAUACUGGCGCAUUUAGGAAACGUGGUGGAGGCCAAAAAGAUGACGAAAGACGAGGAAGACGUGUCCAUUAAGAUGGAGCAGCGUGACGAGGAGGAGGAGACCAUGAACACUAGCGAGGACGACAGCGAGGAGGAUGAGGAGGAGGGAGAGUAUGCCAGCCUUUUGAAUCUGGUCCUGCGUCCCCUGUUCCUGCAAUUGAGCUCGAAGGAAAAGAUCCAUUUUCUGCAAACGCGCGAUAAGCUCGGUGUGACGACGGGAGACUUUAAGUUUGAGGCACCGGAUCAUCAGGAGCGGCGCGUACGCUUCUUCAAUCGUUUGGAGAUAAAUAGGACAUUCCCGCUGGACGAUUUUCUAGCACUAUGCUAUGAGAACCCGGAAAAAACGUGGCUGGAUUUCGCCAUUUUGGGUAUGGCACACCAGCGCUUUGGAACGCUCUUCUGGCGCGUUGCUCGCCAUUGUCCUAACCAUGCUGUCCACCAGAUGACCCACUGUGCCAGGGAACUUUUGCGAAACGGCGAGCUACUGAUAAAGGCGAACGCCCCACGCUUUCUGCUGUCUUUGUAUGGCCACCGGCAGAUCCUCAACGGUUUGCAUUCGUCAUCGCGCAAAUAUGUUGUUAGCCUGAAGCACGAUGCCUGCAUGUAUGACAAGGAGCAGCUUAAGCAGUCACAGAGCGAGUUCCUGGAGGGUUGUGCCGGUGGUCUAGCCGUGUUCAGUGAGACCUUGGACUAUACCAGCCUGCAGCGCAUCCUGCGUUUGCUUUUUCAAAUGACAGAGGCCGAGCAGCAGCUGCAGCGUUUUGGUCGCCUGCAGAUGAGAAGCAUUCUUAGGAAACAUGGAAAACCACAGGGAGGAGAAGAUGGAGAACCAGAGAUUGUCCAGAUCGCCAAGCAAUAUCAGGCCAUGCACGAGCUUUUGCCCGAGUGGCGCCAGGAGAAUAUCAAGCUAAUCUCCCAGCUGAUGUUUACCAUAGAUGCUUUGCGCUGGAACUUGACCACCUUUGUGCAAGCACGCGUGGAUGCUCUGGGCCUGGUAGUGCGCUAUUGGCUAACGAAUCUUCCUUACCUGCUGCUCCUGACCGAAGAAUUCCGUCACAAAAUCGUUGAUUUGUUGACCCAGAUUAAACACAAGGACUUUUGGCUGCUCACACUAGAAGAGGGAAACUCUAGUUUCAACCGUCGGUUCAUUAGUUUGGUGACCCAAGCGAGUGGAAUGGAGGCCACCAAGCUUUUUGCCCAUUCUCUGAAAAGUCGCAUCGAUAGCAAGCUUAUGGGCGAAUUAAGCGAUGCGGUGGUGCAGGCCAACUGUCAGUCGGCUUUGGAGGCCUUCAAAUUCCUUUUCCGUCGCUAUAUGGUCGCCUUCCGGCAUCAUAUCAUGUAUGGAAAACUGAACAGGAGGCGCCGUCACUGGGAUCAUUUAAUGGCCGUAGUGACUAAAACUCCGCUCUCAAUUCGCAACGAAAUCAUGACCGAAGCUCGCCAGGGUUUCUAUUCUCCUUUAAGCAACAGUCCGGCCAGAAAUCCUGUCCAGGAGCAGGCCAAUCCAAGCCCCGUGGAAUUGGAUUCGGGAGAGCUGCAUUUUUAAAAUGCAGCUAUCUUAUUUUGUACUCAAUUCAGCGCCACCAGUCUAAUAUUUAGAAUAGUGUGAAGCGCAUAAUAACUUAAUCAAGACACGUACAUACACUUAUGUAUAUUGUUUCUUGGAUCACUAAGAUUGAAUAUGUACAAUCCUGCAUUUUUAAAAUGCAGCUAUCAUAUUUUUUUACUAAAAUCAGCGCCGCCAGUCUAACAUUUAGAAUAGUGUGAAGCGCAUAAUAACUUUAUAAAGACACAUACAUGUAAUUAUGUAUAUUGUUUCUUGGAUCACUAAGAUUCAAUAUGCAUCUUAGAACUCGGGAACAUUCUUAUCAAAUAUUGUAAGCGGUCUCAAAAAGGACAAGCAGAAUGAGUUUUCGAGAAUAACACACAUUCUUAAUUUCCCAAACCAUAACCAUAAUGGAAUCUCUUUAUUUACUUUUUAAGUCCAUGUUGUGGCAUUUGGAAAAAAAUUCUAUUUACAAUGCUCAACAAAUAAAAACUAGUACAAAAAUA